AGGGCAUGGAAGAAUGCAUGAUUGACUAUGCCAUUUAUAAAUCUCAUGUCCAAACCUUUUUUUUUUCUUAAACACCUCCACCACACUAUCUCUCCCCUUUUUCUUUACUUCAUAGGACGGCAAUUCCUUUUUUCCAAUUUUCUGCGAUCCACCGUUGCACCCACUACCAGUUUUCCGUCUAUUUUAGGUAAAAUGUCUUUGGAUCUUCCUCCCUCACAUCAUAAAUGCACCAAUCAUCUUUGCGCAAGAGGGUCGUCGCUGUCAUCGACUGGUAUAAGCUUUCAUGGAUCUUUACCUUGUUGCUUUUGCUCAAGAACGUAAGUUAUUCCUGUUGAUUCAAAAACCCUCAGUUCCCAUGUACUAAUUUAGUAACUCAACUUCAAAAUUUCUACUUGGGGUUUUCAUCGAACACAUUGUAGACGCAUGCAAUCUUCUAUAUGUUGUGGUUGCUGUUGUAUUUUAGAGUGAAUUGCUCAUGAGCUGCUCAAUCUCAAGAGAGAUAUAGAGGCGAGUGUGAUGUUCCUCAGAUCAUCACCACAAAUCAACCCUUUCUGAUCAACGCCUUCAAUUUCCAUCAUCAAAAUCCGGUAUGAAUUUAGAUGAUUCCCAGAUUGUUAAUGAUAACUCCCAACAGCAAUCACCAAAUACUUCUUCCCAAGGGGAGAUUCAUUCCAAAAGUUGGAGUGCCAACUCAGUCCAAGAACUCAGCUUUGUCAAUCUGGGAUCAAAGAGACUGUCGCAUGGAUCUCGAGGAGGUGCUUCUGAUCCCGAAGGGUUUAGCGUGUCCCAUAGAGAGAUUAACGUUGAGGAUGCAAGGUUAGUCUAUGUAAACGAUGCCUUAAAGACAAACGAAAGGUUUGAAUUUGCUGGAAAUUCUAUCAGAACAGCCAAAUAUUCCGUUUUUAGCUUCUUACCUAGAAACCUAUUUGAGCAAUUCCAUAGAGUCGCCUACAUAUAUUUCCUUAUUAUCGCCAUUCUCAAUCAGCUUCCUCAGCUUGCUGUUUUUGGGCGAGGUGCCUCCAUCUUGCCACUAUCAAUCGUACUGUUAGUUACAGCCAUUAAAGAUGCUUAUGAAGACUGGAGGCGACACAGAUCAGAUCGAAUUGAAAACAAUCGAAUGUCAUCUGUUUUGGUAAACGAUAGAUUUGAACAGAAAAAAUGUAAAGACAUUCAAGUAGGCGAGAUCAUUAAAUUUUCAGCAGAUGACACCAUUCCUUCUGACAUCGUUCUUCUCUCCACUAGUGAUCCAACUGGUGUUGCUUACAUCCAAACCAUAAAUCUAGAUGGCGAAUCAAAUCUCAAGACACGAUAUGCAAAACAAGAAACCCUUUCAAGAACCCCUGAAAAAGACAGGAUCAAUGGGGUAAUCAAGUGUGAGAAGCCCAAUAGAAACAUCUAUGGCUUCCAUGCCACCAUGGAGAUUGAUGGGAAGCGUCUUUCACUUGGCCCUUCAAACAUUGUUCUUCGUGGGUGUGUGUUAAAGAACACUAAUUGGGCUAUUGGAGUAGUUGUAUAUGCAGGAAGGGAGACAAAAGCCAUGCUUAAUAGCUCAGGAGCUCCUUCAAAAAGAAGCCGAUUGGAAACCCGUAUGAAUCGUGAGAUCAUCUUGUUGUCUAUCUUUCUUGUUGCUUUAUGCACAGCUGUCUCAGUCUGUGCUGGUGUUUGGUUGAUCCGAUAUGAAAAUGAUCUUGAAAUCUUACAGUUUUAUAGACUAAAAGACUACUCUGAACCACAAGUGAAGAACUACAACUAUUCUGGUUUAGGUGUGGAGGUGUUCUUCACUUUUCUAAUGUCAGUGAUUGUGUUCCAGAUUAUGAUACCGAUUUCACUGUAUAUUUCCAUGGAGCUUGUGCGUGUUGGUCAGGCUUAUUUCAUGAUCCGAGAUGAUAAGAUGUAUGAUGAAUCAUCAAACUCUAGGUUUCAAUGUCGAGCUUUGAAUAUAAAUGAGGAUUUGGGACAAAUAAAGUAUGUAUUCUCUGACAAAACGGGUACUUUAACUGAAAACAAGAUGGAAUUUAAACACGCAAGCAUUUUCGGUGUAGAUUAUAGUGGGGAGAAAACAGAUUCUGAUGGAUACUUCAUUCAAGUAAACGAGCAGAUUUGGAGGCCAAAAAUGAAGUUGGUAGAUUAUCAAGGGGAAUCUCCAGAUGAACAAGCACUUGUUUAUGCUGCAGCUGCUUAUGGUUUUAUGCUUAUGGAACGAACCUCUGGCCACAUAGUUAUCGAUAUUCAAGGAGAAAGACAAAGAUUCAAUGUUCUUGGAAUGCACGAAUUCGAUAGUGACCGAAAGAGGAUGUCAGUGAUAUUAGGUUACCCUAAUGGAACUGUAAAAGUCAUUGUUAAGGGAGCAGACACUUCCAUGUUUACAAUCAUCGAUAAUUCCUUUAGCUUGGAUAUAACAAGAGCCACUGAAUCCCAUCUCCAGGCGUAUUCCUCAAUCGGAUUACGUACCCUGGUCGUUGGAAUUCGGGAACUCAGUGUUCCCGAAUUCCAACACUGGCAGUCUGCUUACGAGACUGCCAGUACUGCUGUAAAUGGUAGAGUGGCAUUGCUUAGAAAAGUUGCGGUUAGUUUAGAAAACAAUCUUGAGAUUGUUGGGGCGUCUGCAAUCGAAGAUCGAUUGCAGACAGGUGUCCCGGAAGCAAUCGAGUCUUUAAGGAAAGCAGAUAUUAAAGUUUGGGUUUUAACAGGCGAUAAACAAGAAACCGCUAUUUCGAUUGGAUACUCUUCUAGGCUUCUUACAAGUAACAUGAGCCAAAUAGUGAUUAAUUGUAACUCUAAAAUUUCAUGUGGGAAGAGUUUGGAAGAUGGAUUGAUUACAUGUAAGAAUUUUGUAGUGUCGGAUGAUUUGACUUCUAUUGCUUUGGUUAUUGAUGGAACGAGUCUUGUGUAUAUUCUUGAUACCGAGCUUGAAGAAAAGUUGUUCCAAUUAGCGAGUAAUUGUGCAGUGGUAGUAUGUUGUCGAGUGGCUCCAUUGCAAAAAGCUGGGAUUGUUGCAUUGAUAAAGAAUAGGACAGAUGACAUGACCCUUGCCAUUGGUGAUGGUGCUAAUGAUGUUUCAAUGAUCCAAAUGGCUGAUGUCGGAAUCGGAAUCAGUGGGCAAGAGGGGCGUCAAGCUGUAAUGGCAUCAGAUUUUGCCAUGGGCCAAUUCCGGUUUCUUGUUCCUCUUUUAUUGGUUCAUGGACAUUGGAAUUACCAACGAAUGGGUUACAUGAUACUCUAUAAUUUUUACAGAAAUGCCGUUUUUGUCCUUGUUUUAUUUUGGUAUGUCCUUUUCACUGGCUUCACCCUAACAACAGCAAUAACCGAAUGGAGCAGUGUGUUAUAUUCAGUACUCUACACCUCACUCCCCACAAUAGUCAUUGCAAUUCUAGACAAAGAUCUAAGCAGAAGAUCUUUACUAAAAUACCCUCAGUUAUACGGAGCAGGACAAAGGCAUGAACGCUAUAAUGCACGAUUGUUUUGGCUCACAAUAGCGGAUACCUUUUGGCAAAGUAUAGUUGUGUUCUAUGUUCCUUUGUUUGCGUAUUGGAAAACUGACAUUGAUGGAUCGAGUGUUGGAGAUCUUUGGACUCUUGCUGUUGUGUUUUUGGUGAAUAUUCAUUUGGGUAUGGAUGUUAUUAGGUGGAGUUGGGUUAGUCAUGUGUCGAUUUGGGGAUCGAUUUUUGUGACUUGUGUUUGUGUUAUUGCUAUUGAUGUGAUCCCUGUGUUGCCUGGAUACUGGGCAAUCUUUGAUCUUGCAAGCAAAGGAUCAUUUUGGAUUUGCUUACUUGGGAUUCAAAUAGCAGCAAUUGUUCCCCGUUUUGGUAUAAAAAUGUUUAUGCAACAUUGUAAUCCUUCAGACAUUCAAAUAGCAAGAGAAGCUGAAAAGUUUGGAAAUUUAAUAGAGUCAACAAAUCAAGAAAUAGAAAUGAACACAACACGAAGAUGACCUUUUAUUUCUUCGGUUUGGAGUUCUUUUUUUCACAUUCUUUAGGUUGCUAGAGAAAAAAAAAUUGUUCUCUUGGUUACCUGUGUAGUUCUUUCAAGGGUAGAAUAUGUAAUAUUUGUAGGGUUGUAUUAUUGUAGAUCAACAUUAUUUAUGACUGAAAAAUCGGGUAUGAAAUUAGUCAAUAUACCAAUACGAAAUGACAACCUUACCUAGUUGCACAUGGUUUGUAUGGAUGAUAGACAUGUAUGUUAUAUAGUGACAAUGUAUCUAAUCAAUAACCAAGUUUUAUAGUUGGUUUACUUGGGUUAUUGGAACUUUUUUAGUAGGUUUAUAAGCAC